UGUCGACUUAUAAGUCCGGCCGGUAAGAGUUCGACCAAUGGCGCGACAGUUUUUUAAAAGUUUUCCGAGUUGAGCACACUUGGAUCACGUCGGGUGCAAAGACGACAUUGGCAGAAAGGGAGGAGUCUUAAAAGCGCAUUUGGCAGGCGACUUUUCUAAGACUCACUGGAGACGCCGUCGAGCACUUACACAGCUAAGCCGUCUUAAACACAUCGCCGUAAUUCUUCCUUAAAGAAAGAUGAACCAAGGACCGACGUAUGGAUUGAGCGCGAAAGUGGCGCAAAAGAUCGCGGGUAAGCGGGACCCGCAGAAGGAGGCUGAGGCGCAGGCCUGGAUCGUGGAGCUGAUUGGAGAGAAGUUCCCGGAGGGCGUGGCUUACGAGGACGCGCUGAAGGACGGGGUCAUCCUCUGCAAACUGAUCAACGUGCUGGUCCCGGGUUCGGUGAAGAGGAUCAACGCACAGAAGAUGCCCUUCAAACAGAUGGAGAACAUCGGUAACUUCCUGACGGCGGUGCAGGGCUAUGGCGUCCCUGCCUCCGACCUGUUCCAGACCGUGGAUCUGUACGAGAGGCGGAACAUCCCAGCGGUUACGCAAUGUUUCUUUGCAAUGGGCCGAGUGGCCCAGACCAAACCCGGGUACGACGGGCCCAUCAUCGGCCCGCGGCAGGCGGCGCGGAACGAGCGGGAGUUCUCGGAGGAGCAGCUGCGGCAGGGCGAGGCGGUCAUCAGCCUGCAGUACGGCAGUAACAAGGGCGCGACGCAAGCCGGGCAGAACUUCGGGCUCACGCGACACAUGUAAACUAACCGGGAAUGGCACACAGGCUAACUAAGGGCGCGGUCACAUAGGUCGUGCGAUCGUCGUACGAUUUUGAUGCCAUAGGAUUUUCAAGCAGGCCGUGACAGAACCAACCACCGACAUGGAUCCAAAUCAGCAUUUUGUGUACCAAGAUAGUUGAACUUUGCAGGAGACCUACAUUUUUGUCCUCCAAGUUAGCGAUCGUACGACGUUCGCACGACCUAUGUGACCAUGCCCUAAGGCUAACUCGGUCUAUUCUCCAAGCAGAAGUUAGCCUCUAGCUUGUUUUAGAUGUCUUUUAUGCGUUUAUGUUGUCCUCCCUUUUUUAUGAAGUUUCUUUUUGUCUGUGCUAGGCUGGCAGACAAAAAGAAAGCACAGAUAAAAAGAAAACCUGACAAAUAGUAAAAAAAAGGCAACAACGCCUAAAAUGACGUCCAGAGUAAGUCGGAGCCUAACGUCUGCUUGGAGAGUGCGAACUCACGUGGAAGACAAAGGGAACUAACUCUACUUGCUGCCUGACUCGUAUAGGAAAAGUUAUCAAGUUGUUCAUUAAUUUUUUUUUGAUAGUAACGUUAUAUUUGCAAGUAAAAUAUGAUUGGCCAUUCCAGUACUUAUUGAAACUAGGUUAUUAUUAUGACGUUUACUAGGCAACAUGUUUUAUUUUAGAACACUGUUAACUUGUGAACAUGAUGUUUAAAUAAAAGAUGCAUUUGUUGGUAAAAAUCCUAAACAUCUUCUACAUUGAUUUUUUGGAUAACUUUUUCUAAUGCUAAUUUGAUAACACGCUCAUUGUACAGCAAUCUUUGCUACUGAAUGACUUGUUCGAAGCAUUUGUCCUCAUAACAGUCGUUUUACAAUGUGGAAUAUGUUAAAUGUUCUUCAUGGAUGCUUUUGAACAAACUCAUGUCUGUUUUUAGAAUUCUAAAAAGUAACGCUAUGCCUUAGCUUCCAUGUAUUACCAUUAUGCUUUAUCACACUUGCUUUCAUUUUGCAAUGCAUAUGACUGUCAUGAGAUAACAAAGAGUGGAUUAGUUAACUGAGAUUAAAAGUUGUUCAUCACUAGACUCUAAUAAAUCAAUCAAUCUUACCCGU